CUGAUAGUGCACUACCUUGCCCGGCCCCGGCCCUAAUGCCCUAGCCGGCCGUAUCCUUGAGAAAGACCAGACAAGAAGGUCUUUAUGUGUAGCUAGAUAUAUAUAGAUCUAGGUAGCUGCUAUCUAUCUAAAAUGAUAGUUACUAAAAGAAAGGUGUUUGUUGCAAUUCUCUUUACACUUGGAUGCAUUGCCUGCGGCAUAGGCCUAUUUUUGAAACACAGACCUGCUUCGCUUUUGUGGACAGAUCAUUUCCCCCGUGGUGAUUCUCGUAUGAUGCGUUGUAAUUCUGACAUCUACAAUUUGAAAGUCAAUGAAUUCAACUGUUCGCUGCUCUUCAAGGGUGAUGCAGAGGAAAUUGCAAAAGAUAAAUCGAUCGAUAACAAAUCCAAAUGGCCAGUUCCGUCGGAUAAUGAGUUUUACAAACUUGCUGAUAGUUGUGACUGGAUAAAGAAAGAGUUGGACCGAGAUUAUUAUGUGUCUGAGCAAGAACGACAAUUUCCACUAGCAUUUGCUCUAAGUGUUUAUCAGACACCUUAUCAGAUCUUUCGGUUUCUCAAAGUUAUCUAUAGACCUCACAAUUUGUACUGCAUUCACUAUGACAAAAAGUCCAGUGAACCAUUUAAGAAGCUGAUGGUCACCAUUGCCGACUGUCUGCCCAAUGUGAUUGUACCCAGCAAAAUUGCCGAUGUCAUAUGGGCCUGGCAUACGAUAGUCGAUGCUCAGAUGAAUUGUAUGGAAGAUCUCUACAAGCUGCGACACACAUUUCCUUGGAAGUAUGCAAUCACUCUGUGUGGGAAAGAAGUUCCUCUGAGAACUAAUAGAGAAAUGGUUCACACUUUAAGCAAACUGAAUGGUACCUCAGCAGUAACUGUCGAAAAAAAUUUAAAUCACGAAGUCAAAUAUUGGACACUUAAACAUUCGCUUUCCCAACGCUCACUGGUGGAGUUGAAGGAAAAAUUGGACCCUGUACCGUUUAAUCUCACAAUGGCCAAAAGCAUUGCAUACUACGGGCUAUCGGAGACGUUUGUUAAUUAUUUAUUGUACAACGAAGAGGCUCUUAAGUUUCGGAGAUUUAUGGAGGAUACAAAAAUGCCUGAUGAGCACUUUGUUGCUUCCCUAUUCAAUCGAACCGGUGUACCUGGUGGAAGAGAUGAAAGAUACGUCCAUCUUAUACCCAUAACUUCGUCCUAUUUGUGGAUGUUCUCCACGGCACAGAAGAAGCUAUGCACUGGUUGGAAUGUACACAGUAUCUGUGCUAUAGCAAAUGGCGACCUACAGCAACUGGACUAUAUGUACGACCCUAAGAAAGAUCACCAGACGUUCUUCCACAACAAGUUCUUCAUUGAGAGUGAUCGGGCGGUGAUGGACUGUGCUGAGGAAGAGCUCCUCAGGAGAAACAGAGAAGAGUGUUUGAGAGACAAUAAUUAUCAUUAAUUUUCAUUAAUUAUCACAGUAAGUCAUGUGAUAUUAAAAAUUGUUGGGCAAGUGCAAAGUUCAUCUCGAUCAUGUACACGAAUAUUAUUACAGAAUGGA